AUGCCGAAGUUAACUGAGGGCAUCGGCGUGGGCGUGGGGGGCUGGGGGUUGCCCCCCGACCCCCCCUUCCUGCCGCAGAACCCUGACAUCGUGCUGGUGCACUACCUGAACGUCCCGGCCAUAGAGGAUUGUGGGAAACCGUGCGGCCCCAUCCUCUGCUCCAUCAACACCGACAAGAAGGAGUGGGCCAAAUGGACCAAGGAGGAGCUGAUUGGCCAGCUGAAGCCCAUGUUUCAUGGCAUCAAGUGGACUUGCAGCAAUGGCAACAGCAGCACCGGCUUCUCUGUGGAGCAGCUGGUGCAGCAGAUUCUGGACAGCCACCAGACCAAGCCGCCGCCCCGGACCCACAACUGCCUCUGCACGGGCACCCUGGGUGCAGGCAGCAGUGUGCAUCAUAAGUGUAACAGCGCUAAGCACCGCAUCAUCUCCCCCAAGAUGGACGCCCGCUCGGCAGCCUACAGCAGCUCCCACUCGGAGCUGCAGAACAGCGACGUGUCCGAGGGCAAGACGGAGCACAGCCACGGGGGCGGGCGGGGCGGCGGGGGCGGGGCCGGGGGCGGGGCCCGGGAGAAGCGCAACGGCAAGGUGCCCAAGCUGGCGCUGCUGCACCAGAACAGCACCGAGGUGUCCUCCACCAAUCAGGUGGAGGUGCCGGACACCACGCAGAACUCGCCGGUGUCCAUCAGCAGCGGGCUGAACAGCGACCCGGACGCUGCCGACAGCCCCGCCAUGGCGGGACUGGGCCACGCCGCCGCCGCCGUCAUGGGCGGCCUGUCCCAGAGCGUCUUCCUGUCCGAGGUGCCCGGCGACGCCGUGUACGGCAUGUCCCCCACAGGGGGCGCCGGCGCGCACCUGCUGGGCCCCGACGCCGCCUCCCAGGGGCUGGUGCUGGGCGUGGCCUCCGACGGGCACAAGUUCGGCUUCCCCGGCGGGACGGGCGGGGACAGGGGCGGGGCCGGGCCGGGGGAGGGGCUGGCCAUGCUGUCGGGGGCCGGCGUGGGCGUGUCCGAGGAGCUGGUCCUCUCCAGCAGCCUGGACGCCGGGGGCAUCAAGCUGCCCGAGGCCGCCGUGACCUUCGACCCCGACUGCUUCCUCAACAACCCCAAGCAGGGCCAGACGUACGGCGGCGGCGGGCUGAAGGUGGAGGGCGGGGCCUCGUCGGGCUGCGCGUCGUCCCGGGCGGGGGGGAGCUGCGACGGGGGCGGCGGGGGCCUUGGAGGGUCCCCCCCCCUGCCGGAGUCCAGCUACGCCUUCAGCUCGGUCCUGGUGAAGAACAUCAAGACGGAGGACACGUCCUUCGAGCAGCAGCUGGCGCAGGACAGCGCCUACCAGGUGGGGGCGGCGGUGAGCGGCGGGGGCGGGGUCUCCGGGUCCAACGGCGUCGGCUCCGCCCACGGCUCCCUCACCCUGACGCCCACCGGCUCUCUGCUGCCCUCCGGUGGCGGCCUGAGUCCCAGCACCACGCUGGAGCAGAUGGACUUCAGCGCCAUCGACGCCAAGCAGGACUACUCCCCGGCAGGCUCCGCCCCCUCCGCGGCCUACGGCCAGCCCGUCUCCAGCCCCCAGCUGGCGCAACACCGCUGCUCUCCCAGCUUCUACCUGCAGGAGGCGCCGCAGGCCGGCCCGGGCGGCGUCCACAGCCCCCACGACGCCUCCGCCUACCUGGGGCUGCAGGUGGUGAAGAGCGACGCUCCCAGCAGCAACGGGCACCUCCACCACCCCCACCCGCUCCACCCCCGCCCCGCCCAGCACCGCAGCUGCAACGGGGGGUCCCCGGGCGAGGGGGGGCUCCAGCUGCUGCAGUACCAGGGCGGGUUCCCGGGGCUGGGGGCGGAGCACGAGGAGGUGGUGGGGCUGGAGCAGCCGGGCGGGGCGGGGGCCGACCACCAGGCGGGGGGGUCUGAGAACGGGGGGGAGGAGCUACUCAAGGCGGGGGAUCACCUCCAGGCCUGCGGGGGGGCCAGCGGGGGGGGUGACGGGGGCGGGGAGCACUACCUGCAGCAGGGCAGCGAUGGCGGAGGGGGGGGCGGAGGCGGGGCAGGAGGGGGCGGGGCGGGAGAGGGCGGGGUCAUGCACAACGGGACGGCAUCCAACAGGACUGGCAGUGGCCCCCCCCAGCAGCAACAGCAGCAGCUUCAGCCCCUCCUCCAAGGGGCGGGGCUUGUGCAGGGGCUCUACGGCACGCAGGGACUGGGCGGGGCAGGGGGCGGGGCCGGAGGCGGGGCCAGCGGGGGCGUGGAGAUCAGCCUGGACCACUUCGACAUCUCCUUCGGCAACCAGUUCUCCGACCUCAUCAACGACUUCAUCUCGGCAGAGGGGGGCGGGGCCUCCGUGGGAGGGGGCGGGGCCAUGUACGCGCACCAGCUGGUGGCCGCGCCCGCGGGGGAGGGGCAGCCGCCGUCCGCCGAGGGCCCCCAGCAGGGCCCGGAGGAGGGGGCGCCCCAGCCGGAAACGGGGUACAGCCCCUCGGAGCUCUGCCUCCAGCCCUGCUGCAGCCCCCAGUCGCUGGGCCAGGGGGGGGCGGGCGGGACGGCGGGGGGAGGGGCUGGCGGCACGGACGCCGGCUCGCUGGCCUACAUGCACGUGGCCGAGGUGGCGCAGGGAACUCUGGGAAUGAUCCAGGCUGCCGGGAGGCUCUUCAUGGUCACAGACUACUCCCCGGAGUGGUCGUACCCUGAGGGCGGGGUGAAGGUGCUGAUCACGGGCCCCUGGCAGGAGACCAGCAGCACCUACAGCUGCCUGUUUGACCAGAUCUCCGUGCCAGCCUCUCUGAUCCAGCCUGGGGUGCUGCGAUGCUAUUGCCCAGCCCAUGACACAGGGCUGGUGACCCUGCAGGUAGCCGUCAGUAAUCAGAUCAUCUCCAGCUCGGUGGUGUUUGAAUACAAGGCUCGCGCCCUGCCCUCUCUCCCCUCCUCUCAGCAUGACUGGCUCUCCCUGGAUGAUAACCAGUUCAGAAUGUCCAUCCUGGAGAGGCUGGAGCAGAUGGAACACAGGAUGGCAGAGAUGGCUGGACACCAACAGCAGGGAAGUGGAGGAGCUGCUGGAACAGGAGGAGGGGGAGGCACUGGGGGCAACAGCACGCAGUCACAGUGUGUGAUGGGGCAGGCUCAGCCCAGCAGCUCGUUCGAGGGCAGGGUGGUGGUGGUGUGUGAGAAGAUGAUGAACCGGGCCUGCUGGGCCAAGUCCAAGCAGCUGAUCCACUCCAAGAGCUUCCGGGGCAUGACCCUGCUGCACCUGGCCGCCGGGCAGGGCUACGCUACGCUCAUCAAGACCCUCAUCAAGUGGCGCUCUAAGCACUCUGACAGCAUUGAUCUGGAGCUGGAGGUGGACCCCCUCAACGUGGACCACUUCUCCUGCACCCCACUGAUGUGGGCGUGUGCGCUGGGACACCUGGAGGCGGCGCUGGUCCUGUUCCAGUGGGACCGGCGGGCCCUGGCCAUCCCAGACUCGCUGGGGCGCCUCCCCCUGGCCAUCGCGCGCUCCCGCGGCCACACCAAGCUGGCCGAGUGCCUGGAGCAGCUGCAGAGGGGGGAGGAGCAGCCCGGCCCCGCCUCCCUGCCACCCGCCCAGGACCCCCCCGCCCCCCCGGCCUCCGACAGCUGGAUGGUGCUGUGGGCCAACGACGGCACCCUGGCAACCAGCGGGCAGAAGGGUACCGCCACCGCCAACCCAAACCCUGACUUGCGGAGACCCAGGUCGGAACCGUCCAGCUGCUACAGCUCGGAGAGUCAGAGGGACCUCCCAUUGGCCAAGAAACACAAGCCUAACCCCGAGCUGAGCCAAUCACGGCCAGACAAGGCCGCGUCCGUGCCCCUCAGCCUGGACAGGGGGGCCGCCGGGGAGGGGGGCGUCGGCGGAGGGGGGUCACAACCCAAACCGGGGGCCGUCCGAGGCCUGGGCGGGGCCAAGGGAGGGUCCAGGGAGCAGUAUGCUGCGUGGGUGUCGGGGAGGAAGGGGGGGCAGGGGAAAGGGGGGAGCCUGGUCAGCCGGCUGUGUCCGCGGGACCCACAGGACCCGCUGGAGAUGCUGCUGUCCUACAGGGAGGACCUGGAGAGCCAGGAGUGCCUGACGCACAUGGACAACCUGCAGGUGAACAUGAUGACCCUGGCGGAGCACAUCAUCGAGGCCACACCCGAACGCAUCAAGCGGGAGAACAUCGUCGCCGUGGAGACGGUGCCCCUGGACAGCGCAGGAGUCGGCAACACCAUGAGCUGGCUGGCCAGUUACCUGGGAGACACAGAGCACCUUCCCAACAUCAUCCACCUGCGGUCCUUAUACGCGGAACCCCUGACGCCCUCCUCCACCCCCAGCCUCAGCCCGGGGGGGUCCCCGCUUCCCGAGCCGGGCCUGCCCUCCCCGUCCGAGUGGGGCGAGCUCCUCCACCCCUCCAGCAGCCGGGUGGAGCGGGAGCUGGCCCAGCUGUCCCUGUCCGACCCGGAGCAGCUGGAGCUGUACGAGGCUGCUCGGCUGGUGCAGGCCGCCUUCCGCAAGUACAAGGGGCGACCUCUGCGGGAACAACAGGAAGUAGCAGCUGCCGUCAUUCAGCGCUGCUACAGGAAGUACAAACAGCUGACAUGGAUAGCCUUGAAGUAUGCACUUUAUAAGAAGAUGACGCAGGCCGCCAUCCUGAUCCAGAGCCGUUUCCGCAGUUACCACGAGCAGAAGAAGUUCCGGCAGAGCCGGCGAGCGGCCGUGCUGAUCCAGCAGCGCUACCGCAGCUACCGGGAGUGCAGCCGGCCGGGGCACCACCGCAGGGCCGCAGCCAGCGCUGCGCGGGUGCAGCACAAACUCAGAAGCAGUCUGCUCACCAAGAAGCAGGACCAGGCCGCCCGCAAGAUCAUGAGGUUCCUGCGCCGCUGCCGCCACAGCCCUUUGAUGGACCAUAGACUGUUCAAGCGGAGUGAAAGAAUUGAGAAGGGCCAAGGAACAUGAGAACAUCCAGACGACCCUCCUAACAAUGUGACAUCAUUCUCCAGACUCUUUCUUUCUGUCUUUCUUUUUUACAUGUUAGAAGAGGAAGAAAAACAACCCCCCUUCCAAAAGAUAUUCAGUGAAAACUAUUAUUACUGCGCUCCCCCUUCUACAACUGGUUCUACUUCUGCUGUGACAUGUACAAAAGCAUUUUUAUUUUGUAUUCCUUUAUUCUUCUUGGGUUUCUUUAAGGGUGAAACUGGAAAGAGCAGCAGAAUUAAAACUAUCAGGGGGAGUGAGUACCAACGUGGGGUGGGGGGGGGCUUCAUGGCAUUUUUGUUCUUGCACUUUUUCAUGGAUUUAUAUUUUCCUUUUUUGGGAUCAUUUAUAAGAAACAUUACAAAAAUGGAAGAAAAAGAAAAACAUACUUUGGGCUGAUUUCUCAGUCCUGGGCUGGAUCAAGGAAGAUGAUGUCAUAGGUCGAAUGUGGAAUCAUCAUGUUGGGAUUCUGCUUCUGUUUUGGGAAAGCAAAAUAAAAGUGGCAUCCAUUUUCAGGAAGAAGAAUUAAAAAAAAAAAAAAAAACACAUCAACCAAAAAACAGAAAAUGCUACGUAACACGCUUUACCCUUCUGCAUGUACGUUGUCACCUGGAGCCAGGCAAGUGCACCGUCAUCGCAGUUUUUUCCCCGUGAAGCUCCCCUCUGUCAUGUCAUUGGGUUAAAAGAGGUGGGGCUACCUAUGAAUGUAGGGCAGGUACGUGGACUAAAAAUGGGUUGGGGUAAAAAAAAAAAGAAAAAGACUCUUAUUUUGAUAUAUUUUCAUGCAGGGAUGAUAUCAGGGGAGGGAAGGCCCAAAUGGGUCACUGUUUGUUUUUUAUUUUUUUAUUAUUGUUUAUAAGCACAGUUACUUUAAUUUUGUUACAUUUAUUUAAGUUAUUUAUUAUAAGUUAUUAUUUUUUUUACCUGAAUGUAUUUAACCACUCAUUUUCAUGUGGCUUUUAAAUGGCUAGCCUGCUUCCUGUGAGUCUUGUGGUUUAAAAUUUUAUCAGGAAAAAAAUGCAUGACUGAGCAAAGUUGUCUCUUGCGUGCUUAAAAAUGAUAUAUGUGUUUUAAAUUUGUUUUCAUGUUAAUGUAGUGCCCACGUGCCUCCCCUACCCCAAGUCAUACCUUCAUAACUAGUCAUAUUUAAUAACAAAGUAACAACCAUUAUUAUUAUUAUUUUAAUUAUUAUAUAUAUUUUUAUUAUUAUUAUUAUUAUUAUUAUUAUUAUUUCUGCAUUUAUUUAUCGGUUUGAAAGGUUUUUUGUGUUUAUAUAUCGAUGAGGGUUAUUGUUCUGUUUUUAUCAACUUUAGAAGCUAUGAAAUGCUUUUGAAGGGAUAGUCACAUACAUUGCCUUGACUUCUUAGAGAUUCUCUUUUGGGUCCCUGAGCUUGUUCCGAAGUGGAAGUAGACAAAUCCAUAUUUUUGACUAUUUAGAGGUGUGUGUAUAUAAAGAAGGAUGAAGGUAUUUGGGGGGGAAAAAACAUUAAUUUGAAGGGGAUUGUAUUUAACAAUAUAUUAUUUUAUUCAUUAAAUAAGGGGGAAAUAUCUUGGUGCGAGACAAACCAGAAUAUUUGUAUAGUUUUGUUUGAAUGCCCUAGAAGUAUGGUUGUAUGUUUGUAUAUAGUGUAAAUACUGGGGAUUUAAAAAAACGAGCUAUGUGCAUGAAGUUUUAUGACAUGAGCAACGAUACAGUACAAAAAAAAUACGCAUUAGUGGCUAUGAUCUGUAAAAUGAUUCUGACUAUUUCACUAUAAGAGUAUUUUAUUUUAAAUGUUCUUGAAAAGAACAUUUUGCUAAAGCAUGACCUUACCUGCAAAAACAAACAAAAAAAACAUACUGUAUUUAGAGUUUUAAAAAAAAGGCAGAUAUCUUAAGACAAAAAAAGGUUGUGUUUACAUUUUUUUCUGUUGUUAGUUUUUUUGUUUUGGGGCUCCAAGAAUUUUAUCUUUUUGCCGAUGGUGCCAAGUAUUGUGAAUGCUAUAUUGCUUAACAAGAGAAUUCGUUAGUGAUCUUUGCAGAGCAGAUAAUCAUGAUACAACAAAGUAUACUUGCAUUUUCCACACCACUACCAAUCAGCAUACUCCGAAAGAUCUCAAAUCUUCAAUGCAGGAGAAAUUGUUUAAAAAGACUAGUCUCUCUCAUUUACUUUCUGGUCACUGCUGUCUGACAAUAGACUAAGCAAUUUUGCCAUUGCACAACACGGACAAUAUGGAGAACUUGUUAAGCAGUUUAACAAAAACGUACAAACUGAAAUGUUGAUGAAUAACACCCACAUAAACGCACCAAAAUGGGUUUGAAAAACGCAUAAAGGAAGGUAGUGGCAGCGGUGACUGGGUGCUGUUUUGUUCUGUUUGUUAAUUUUGGAGGUUUUUGUGAAUGAGAGCUUUGUCACUGAAGGCCUCGUUGUUUGCUAGAGCAGCUGACGGGCAGGAUCUAGAUAUAAUGUGGUGCUGAUUAAAUUAUUUGCACUGGUUUAGAUCACACAGUAGACCGGGGGCAAAGAGGUUCUCUCAUGAGGUAGAUGAAGAUUUUUAUCUUUUAUUUUUAAUAUAACAUUGAUUUUUCAAGCUGGGGCUGUGUACAAAGAUCUCGCUGCUGGUUUGGAAGUUUUCGACACUGAGCAAGACUGCCAUGUCUCCAGGAAUAAGCUAAAUUCUUUGUCAUAAAAAAAAACAAAAAAACAAAACUAAUCAAAAAACCAAAGGAAAGCUAAAGAAGGGGGUUUCGAGCUGUUCUGAAUUUGUUCAUUGGUCAUUGGGUCUCGAAUUUGUGUUUAGCGACGUCUCAAAAUUCUUUUAGGUGCUAAAACUGUGGCGUCGCGUAAGAACGGUGCGCGUGUGUAUGUUUGGUUUCGCACGCUCGCUCGCACGUGCAUUAUGGGGGUAAGGGAGUGUGCAGGGGGGAAAAAAAGGGCGCAUUCUGAAGCACAGGUAAAGGUGAGUAAGGUGAGUGAAAUGUCUCUGCUGUUUCCAGGGAGGUAUUUAAUGUGAAGUCGAAGUGUAAAGUUCGUGUAAGAACCAGCGUUAGAAAGGGAGUGUUGGUCGGAGUGUUUGAACCAAUGGCGCCACACGGUAUAAAAACUUAAUUUCAUCAGCUGGGAACACGUGACAAAAGGGAUAUUUUUUAUUUUUAUGAUUUUCUUCCCCCCUUUAUUUGAGUGGGCCUUUCUUCCCAGUGUCGUUGUGUAUGUGCUAUCGUCCUGUGUCCGGGACUACACUUUUUUUCUUCUUGUUUGUUUGUUUUCUAUUGCACAGGCUUGACAUGUUAACUUUGGAUUCAGAGUGUUUAUGUAGAAAGUGCCUAACCGUACCUAACCGUGGCAAGCCAAUAUCAGGAAACAUUUGAUGUGCUAAAAGGGGGGAAAAGGAUGAGUUUGCAAACUUCAUUUUUCUUUUGUAAGAGUGGUUGCAUUAAGAGGGCAAAUCAUUACCUGGACUGACAGUAACACAAUGUAACUUCUAAACUUGGUGUAAUUCUUCUGUUUCCAGUGAUUCUACUGGGAUUAAUUAUCCUUGUAUUUAUUUAUUUAUUUAUUUAUUUAUUUAUUUAUGUAUGUAUUUGUCCUUAAUGUAAAUGGAAUUCAAAAGACUCCGGAAUGGCACCAAAAUUCCGGAAUCCUGAGAAGAAUCUUUUUCGGAUCGGAUCUGCCUGCUGAACCAAGAAUGGAUCACACGGGAUCACAGAGUCACUCCCGUGAUCAUUGCCUUGCAUUCGACGAUCCAGUGGUGGCCUAGGAUGUCCGCUAUUGCACUGCUGUGGGGACCCAAGAUGGCGUCAUUAUGCUUGCAUGGGUAAUAUAUAGAUAACAGGGUGAUGGAACCACCACCCAAAGCAUGCUUAUUUUUCUAGUAUUGGUAGUCAGAUUAGACUUGUCAUGACUUACUGUUCUGUAAAACAGAAGGUUGGUUUGAAGUGUCACGGAACCUUGGAAAGGUUGGAGGGCUGCUGGGUUUUUUUUUUUUAAUUCUAUGCGCAAAUGCAAGACCUGAUCAAAGAGAAAUAAUAAGCUGUUGUAUGGUUAUUACAACCAAGUUGCUGGGGGCAGCAUGAAUUUUGUAAGAAAACGUACAAAUUCCUAAGAAGUUCUGUCUGAUCUGUUUGUUCAUUUUUUUAAAUUUAGUAUUAUUCAUCAUAGUUUUCUUUCAACUUUCCUGACCUAAUACCUUCAGCGUUGUACCAAGCACUUGUGCAAGCAAGCAUGCGCACACACACACACAGACACACACACACACACACACACACACACACACUUACUCACACACACUCUCUCUCUAUCUAUCUCACUUCUCCGCUGAACAAGAGCAGUAUCUAGAGAUGUCAGAAUUUUGUCUCAGCAUAUGCAGGUAGAAAUGCAGUCUCGUAUGCUUCUGCAACCUUAGGGACCGAUAUCCUCCCUUUCGUAUCUUCUACUCAGGGUGCCAAAAAUGUGGAGCAGGAGGCUAAACAGGACCCCUGGGGGGGUGGAAACUCUGUGGAGAAAACCCUGGGGGGGUGAAAACUCUGUAGAGGGGUUGAAAGAGGGGGUUUGACCCAGUGUAGGCCCCCCUUCGAGCAUGAAACUCAAAAAGGGUGUCCGUAAACAGUGUACUGUUAUACUGAAUGGGUUCUGGAUAUAUUUCUUAUUAUUACGAUUAAUAUCUAAGGACUGAACUGAACUGUUUCACCACAAAAUGACCUGAUGUCUAUUAAAGGGAUUCUGCAGAGGGAGCGGUUAAAAUCCACUGAAGCGAUCACAUAAACCGGUGAAGGGAAAGCAGGCAUUCUCCUGUCCCACUCUCUCUCCUCUCUGUGGAGCAGUUGACAGUUGGAGUUUGAAUGGUAAGGUUCAGUGGUUCCAUUCGAACAAAAUGGCAGUUGUGUUGCUUCACUCUUUCACACAACACACACACACACACGCAUCUGUGAUUGGUUCAGACAUGCCGCAUGUAAGUUUGGGCAGGAUGCGCAUUGUUUGUGAACAUCUUAUCUCUGGAUGAAGU